UGAUGCAAUUUGGAAGAUGUGUGUCCAUCUCGGUGACACUGGAGCGUCUUGGAGAGACUGCAGUGGAUGAAUGCGGUUCCUGACCACUAGAUGGCACAACGACAACAGACUUACAAAUCGAGGAUUCUCGAGGUUCGGACUUCGUGCUUCAAUUCCGUGGCGGCUGCUUGAUUUCCACCCCAUCCUGGCCCACUUCUCCGAGAAGAGAAAGAAAUCGAAGACCUGAAGCCAAACACUAUAUUAUUUAGAUACAAUGGAUUAUCUGUUGCCUAUCUCAUCUUUCUGCUUCUCAUUCCACUCAUUUCAAAACCCUCAGCUGAUACUGGAGGAUGCAAAAAGCACCUCCUUAGAGCAAUGUGUUGUACCAGCUUUCUCUUCUUCCUGUCCCAAGUGUCAUUUCAGAUUGCUUUUCACUUUGUGCCACCUGAUGACAGUAUUUGGGAGGAUGUACUCCAUCACUUUGGGAUUGUAAGAUUCAGUCAAGUGGAUGCUGGAAAUAUAGCCCGUUUGUUGCUUCCUGACUUAGGGAUGUUUAUUUUGAGUCUCCUCAUUACUCAUCUGAGCUCAAAUCAGGCCACGUCCCCCGAUAACAAGUUACCAUCCAACAUCCAAGUGCAGGAUGAGGAAGAAACUGCAAUGGAAGAGGAGGAUGGUUUGGAAGAUGAUGAUAUCAGUUCAUCAUCUGAGGAAAGCAUUUCUGAAGAAGAUGGCAAGAUGAUACAAUUUCUUUACACAAUUGUUAACCUCAUUGGAAGAUUGAAAGCUGUGUUAGAUAAGCUCAUGACUACUGCUGGAAAGAUUAUGGUUACACUUCUCUUGGGUUUCUCAGGCAUUGUCUCCCCUUCUGUGACAUCAGCUGUGUAUUUUUUCGCCUUCCUCGGAUUGUGCUCCUGGUGGUCCUGUCGACGAGCUCUUAGUAUCAAUGCCUUCAGCAGCCUGUGUGUCAUGAUGGCCAUUUUCACAGCAGGCCACUUUGGUAUCCUCUAUAUGUAUCAGCUGCCUUACUUUCAGGUCCUGGUCCCUCCGGAUGAUAUUUAUGCCAGGCUUCUGGGUAUGACUGCAUUGAUUAAGACCAACAUGACCGAGUCCUGGAAACUCAAAUUCCAUUCUGGAUUAAAAUGGCCAGUGUUUGUAAAUCCUUUCAUUCUGCUUUUUUCCUACUACACCAUAGUCACGCUACUACACCAGUGGGCCAGGAGUCCUAAGGAUUUGAUGGAAGAGGUUACUCCGGAGACACCAACUGGACCCAAUGAAAUGGAGCUGGAUUGCAGGCUGUGGUCAGGGAACAGUGAGAAGGAUAGGUUGACUUGUUUUUCAGAUGGAAGCUGGCAGGAAGUGCCUCUUCUGCAGGGUGACAGCUACAAGCUUCCAAGCUGUGGCUUUGAUUCUUCUAUCUUUAUUCCUGCAAAUGACAGUCCAACUUUAUCAGGAGAUGACAUCGUUCCUGACACCACAGAGGCUGAUGGGAGUGAGCUGAGCAUUGUUGUGGUCCUGACAAAGCUCAUUUUAGGGCAGAAUUAUGCCAUUGUGCUGAUCAUCAUGAUGGUAUGGAGCAUCACCUACAUUAGCUGGCUGACAUUCAUACUUUUGAUAUGGUCAUGCAUUAUCUGGAUGAUGAGGGACCGACGCCACUAUGCUCUACUCAGCUCUCCUUUCCUUGCUGUCUAUGCAAAUGUACUUGUCAUUCUCAAUUUCUUUGUGGGUCUGAAUGUUUCCCAGGAAGAACUAUUUCCAGGGGUUUCCACCUCUGUCCUUACCGAUUUUGACUUAAAGCCCUACCUGUCGCCAUGCAUCCAUAUCAUCGUUAAGAUAUUUUAUGCAUUCUCAUUUUGGCUCCUUCUGAGAGAGUAUGUGACAGAGAGGCAGUCACAGAAGGAGGAAGUUCUGAAAGAAGUUACUGUGGUUGAAUCUGGACAGGAGAAGCAAACCAAUGCCUUGUUUGACAUCCUUGGUUCUUUCAUUAAAGGAAUGUUAGUUAAAUAUUGGAUCUAUUUAUGUUGUGGCAUGUUUUUUAUAGUCAGCUUUAAUGGAAAGGUGGUUGUUUAUAAGAUUCUCUACAUCAUGCUUUUUAUCAGUUGGGUGGCCUUGUACCAGAUCCAUUAUGACUUCUGGAGAAGAAUCCUGAAGUAUUUUUGGAUUACAGUUGUCUCCUAUUCAAUGGUGGUCCUUAUUGCCGUCUAUGGCUACCAGUUUAAAACCAUUUCUGAGUUUUUCCUUCAUACGCUGGGAUUCCCAGGAGAGAAAUUAAGAGAUGUGGGACUGGAGCAGUUUGAAACGGUGGAAUUAUUUCCUAAGAUUUUGCUUCCUUCAACUUUUCUCCUGGUGUGCAUCCUUCAACUUCAUUAUUUUAAUGAGGGUUUUCUGAAAAUCACUGACCUGAAUAAUGUUCCAGUGAAACAGCAAGGCUUAUCUAUCAGCAAGAAGACUGAAAGUGAUGUGAAUCUCCUGGUAGAAAGGUUUAAAGCAACCAUUCAGAAACUUCAGGAUAGUUUAAUAUCUAGUAGGAUUGAAAACACUCCAGACAAUCUAAGUGAUACUGUAAUGGAUGAAAACCCCAAAGAGGGGAAAAGUGAGCAACAAGAUCAGAAAGAAUCUACUGCUAAAGAAAGCUACUGGGUAUCAGUGAUUGACAAACUGGCUGCUAUGAUUUUGAAGUUUCUGGAACUAGUUAAUAGGAUUCAGGUGUUACUAUGGAGACUCCUAGAGCUGCACAUCAUUAAAAUAGUCUCCACUGGCAUCAUCUGGAUCACACUUCAAGAGGUUUCCUUUAUGAAUUACCUUUUCUAUAUCAUCUGGGUGUUAGCUGUACCAUACCCUAAGCUGCGCCCAUAUGCAUCCAACAUUUGCACAGUUUGGUCCUGUGUGAUGGUGAUAUGCAAAAUGAUAUACCAGUUGAAGUUUGUCAAACCUCUUCACUACUCUUCCAAUUGCACAGAGGAAUUGUUUCAGAAUAGCACCCUUCCACAUGACAACUUGGAUGAGCUGCUGCAGACAUCAGUAUUGUAUGUUGCUCCCGUGGAUCCAGCAGAUUGGUUUGGAGGGCUAAGGAAAUGUGGAGAUAAAAUUUUGCCCUGCCUGCAGAACCAUAUUGUCAUUUUGGCACUAAUGGCAAUUGAAAUGACUGUGUAUCGUCACCAGACAUACUACCGGAUUCAGAAUCAACAAAUGCAGCCCAAGAUGGGAAGCAUUUUUGAUAGUGUCACCCGAGAACAACUGGAUGAGGGGCUGCUUAGUACUAUCAAAUACUUCAUCAAUUUUAGUUUUUACAAGUUUGGGUUGGAGAUGUGCCUUGUUAUUGCACUUAAUGUUAUCGGACAGAGAAUGGACUUUUACUCUUUAGCCCACGUUGCCUGGUUGAUUUACCUGUUGAAUCGUCGAAGGAGGAAAGCAAUAGCUGAGGCUUGGCCAAGAUACUGUGCUUUCCUCUCCAGUAUUAUGAUCUUUCAGUAUUUAUUGUGCAUUGGAAUCCCCCCUGCUUUCUGCAUAGACUACCCAUGGAGAACCUCAAGUGCAGCAAUACAUUCAAAUCUUAUUAAGUGGUUGUAUCUUCCAGAUUUUGCCAAGAAACCAGAUGCCAACCUUCUGAUUUAUGAUUUUUUACUCCUGCUGUAUACCUCUCUGCAGUGGCAAGUGUUUGAAGAUGAGAACAAAGCUUCUGUAAGAAUGCAGGCAGGAGAUAAUGUAGAGAUAAGUCGAGAUUUAAUCCCAGAAGACCUCAGCCAAUUCAGCCCAGUACCAAACUUUAUUUAUUGUCGGUCCUAUCUGGAUAUGGCUAAAGUGAUUGUGUUCAGUUACCUCUUCUGGUUUGUGCUUGGUGUGGUUUUCCUCUCUGGGACAGCUAGAGUCAACAUCUUCUGCUUUGGAUACAUAGUGGCCUUUUUCUACUUCAUGCUCCAUGGAAGCAGCCUCCUCCUGAAGCCAGUCAAGUUUAUUCUCCACAAGUGGGACUACCUGAUAGCUUACAAUGUCCUGGUGAUAGCCCUGAAGAACCUCCUCUCCGUAGGAGCCUGUGCCUAUCUGGAGAAGUUACUAAGUAGCCACUGCUGGCUUGUGCACAGUUUUAGCAUGUUCUGCACAGUAAAAGGCUAUAGCCUAGCCAUUCCUGAUGAUGAGAAUUGUGAAUUGCCUGAGAAGGAAGCUGGGAUUUUUUGGGAUGUAAUUUGUUUUAGCUUCCUUCUAAUCCAGCGAAGAAUUUUCACAAGCUAUUAUCAUCUUUAUGUAGUAGCUGAGCAGCGGGCCACCAGGAUCUUGGCUUCCAGGGGAGCAGAGAUGUUUGAACUGAAAUUGCAAAAGUCAAUUGUAAUUCAAGAAGAAAAAGAGAGAAAAUCAAAACUAGCCACAACCAAACAAAUGGAUAAGAUCAAAACAAAACAAAAGAAAAUAGAAAGUGCAAAGCAGGACAGCAUGAGCCCAGGGGACUUGGAAGUGAAAACCCCUAGCCCUCAAAAAACUGAAGCAGAAGGACAGCCACAUGAUGACAGUGGCUUGCAGGAGACUGGAGACCAGAAGAAAUGGUGGCAGCCUUGGGUCCAUCACCCCUCCAUGGUACAGGAGGGAAGCUACAGCCUCUUUGAGACAGAUAGUGAGGAGGAAGAAGAUGAGGAAGAAGAAAAAGAAGAAAAGGAAGAAGAAUUUCCAAAGCCAAAAACUGCUUUCCAGCUAGCUUAUGAUGCCUGGACAAACAACUCCAAAACAGCCCUCAAGCUGAGGAAGCAAGAUGAAAUUCAAUUGAGAAGAGAAGAAAGACUCGAGGAACAGGAGCGGAGGAGAUGCAGAGGGGAUUUCACACCGGUUACAUUUGAAGAUGAAGAUGAAACAUCAGGGAAUGAAGAAGAAGAAAACCUAGGAGAGUCAGAAAAUAUAAUCCAUAGAAUAAUCAACAUCCUCAAAUUUUUUUGGGUCUUUGGGAAAGUGUUGCUGGAUGACAUUACGGAAACACUGAAUUCCUUGGGUAAAGACAACUUAGAUGUAUCAACAGUGUUGAAAAUGGAAAGGUGUAUGUUGAGAAGAGCUCAUAGUAGGGGAAAAGAAGCCACCAAAGCAAGCAUUUUGAGAUACUACAGUAACAAGCUGGGAGGUAAAGUGAAAAUGCCAUCAGUUUUAGGACCGGAAAAGGCAGCACCUGUGGAGGAUAAAUUCCCGGAGAAUCAGCAACUGCCUAGAGAAGAUGGACAGGUUCCUGGGGAAGAGGAACUGGACUUGACAAGUCAGCAAAUCCUUGGGGAGGAUGGUAUACAACCUGAGGAGGAAGGAAAAGCUCUGUCAGCAGCUUGCCCAAAGCAAGGAGAUUCUCCAUCGCUUAAGGAGACCAUGGUACCCAGGGGAGAAAUGGAGAUGGGGAAAAUUGAAGGUGCAGGCCACCAGAUCCCUGACACUUCCCCAGGAGGAACUGAGUCACAGUCUGACCAAGCAAGUGCCACAUUACAGACCAAAGAUCCUAUUCAUAAGAGUAAAAUAUCAAGCAAGACUCCUGCAAAAUCAACUCUAGUUAUGCUGACUGCUGAAGAACUGAUUCGUAAAAGGAUGUUUUACGAUGAAGAACUGGAUCAGUCAGAGAAAUUUUACAGGGGUCUUCCUCGGCUCAUAAAAUUAGGUUUUGCACUGUACAAUUUGUUAGAAUCCAAAUCUGAAAUGUUUUGCUAUUUUAUGAUUAUUCUAAAUCAUGUGGUCUCAGCUUCCAUUAUCUCCCUGGUGGUACCCAUCUCGUGUUUCCUGUGGGCCAUGCUUUCUGUUCCCAGGCCCCCAAAACGUUUCUGGAUGGCAGCGAUCUUCUACACAGAGGCAGCAGUAGUGAUCAAAUAUUUUUCCCAGUUUGGAUUCUUUCCCUGGACAACAAAGCAAUACUUUGGCAUCAAUGGAAAAAAGCCCUUUUCUCUGCCAAAUAUUGUUGGGAUUGAAAAGAAGGAUGGCUGUGUACAGUAUGAAUUGGUUCAGUUGCUGGCUUUGUUCUUUCACAGAUCAAUUUUGAAGGGAAAAGGACUAUGGGAUCAGCAACCCAGAAGCCAGGACAAUUCCAAAGAGAAGAGAAAGACUAAAAAGUCUAAGAGGAAAGAGAACAAAAGGGGUAAAAAAGACCAAGGCCCUGGAGUGGAAUCCUGCCUCACGAAACAAAUGGCCCCUAAGUGGGCAUUCUGGAGAAAGAAAUCUACAGAGGGUAAACUUGCUAGCACAGGGGAGCUUGAAGAAGGGGGAUUCAGGAAGAGAUGGAAAAAGUUCCGGGAGCAUUCCAUUUCCAGUGAACAGUUCUCCAUUCGGAAUUUGAAAAGACUAAUGAGAAGAACCAAGAAGCUGGUGAUUAAAAUUGCCCUUCAGAUUUAUCUUCCUAUCCGACAAUUCUUCUAUGACAUUAUUAACCCAGAAUAUAGUCCGGUGUGUGAUACCUAUGCAUUGAUGUUUCUGGUAGAAGUAAUCAAUUUUGUCCUUGUCAUCUUUGGCUACUGGGCUUUCGGGAGAUACUCUGAGAAAACAGACCUCAGCGAGGCUCUUGCAGAGGAGCACCUACCUGAAGCCUUCCUGCCGAUGAUCCUGAUCCAGUUUGGCACGAUGAUCGUGGACAGAGGCCUUUACCUGAGGAAGAACAUGUUUGGGAAGUGUGUGUUUCAAGUUGUCCUUGUCUUUGCCAUUCACUUCUGGAUAUUCUUCAUCUUGCCAGGAGUCACUGAAAGGAGGUUUAAUCACAACUAUGUGGUUCAGAUUUGGUACUUUAUAAAAUGUAUUUACUUUGGUCUGUCGGCCUAUCAGAUCAAAUGUGGUUACCCCAGUCGGAUCAUGGGCAACUAUCUGACCAAAAAUUUUAAUCUCACCAAUCUCUUCCUAUUCCAAGGUUUUCGGUUUGUGCCUUUCCUGUUGGAGCUCCGAGCUGUCUUGGACUGGAUCUGGACUGACACAGCCCUCAGCCUCUCUAGCUGGAUCUCUUUGGAAGAGCUGUAUGCUAAUGUUUUCAUAAUGAAGUGCUGGAGGGAAUCAGAGAAGAAAUAUCCUCAGCCACCAGGACAGAAGAAAAAGAACAUAGUGAAAUAUGGAAUGGGAGGCAUCAUUUCAUUUGCUUUGAUUUUCUUCAUGUGGUUUCCUCUGGUUUUUAUGUCGCUGUUAAAGGCUGUGGGAGGAUUGACAAAUCAACCGCUGGGUAUCUCGGUCAAAAUUUCAAUCAGUGGUUAUGAGUCUCUGUUUACUAUGAGUUCUCAACAGCAGAAUUUGGCUCCCCUCUCUUCUUCAGCCUAUGAUGAGUUGACAUAUCGCUAUGCCCUUCAUCCAGAAGCGUUGCAGUUUAUAAUGAACUAUGAGCCGGAGGACAUCAUUGUCGCAAAGAUCAAAGGGAAUGCCAGCCUGCUGUGGAGUAUCAGCCCGGCCAACCGGGAAGCCAUGAUCGCUGAGCUAUCCAAUGCUUCAUCUAUCUAUGUUACCUUCUUCUGGACCAUUCAGAGGGAUGUGGCUCUGGUCGAGAAUGUGGAAGCAUCGGGCAAGUACACGGUCUGCUACCAAGAUAAGAAACUGAGAGAUGAGAUUGUCCAAAUGCUGACCCAUGUCAGGAAAGAGCCACUAAUUCUUCCAGGUUUAAUACCAAAAGGCCUCAGGACCACAGCUGGAACAGAAGCUAAAAUUGCAAAACGGUUAGAAACUGCUCAUUCAAAGCGACCCCAGGAUAUUGACAGACUGGCCUUCUAUCGCAACAUCACCAUCUGGCUUCAGCGGCUUCAGGGCAACACAUCAUCGGACCCUUCCAAAGAGACCGAGUGGUGGGUCAUUCAGGAAUGGAGACCCAGCUGUGCCAAGAAUAAGGGAUGUGCCAAGAACCUGGAGCUCAUGAUCUACAACGACAAAGUCACCCCCCCAAGCAUGGGCUUCCUCGCAGGAUACGGCAUCACUGGGCUCUAUGUCUCCGUCGUCAUGGUUGUGGCCAAGUUCAUCCGAGAGUAUUUCAAUGGCAUCCCUCGCUCCAUUAUGUACGAGGAGCUGCCCAAUGUGGAUCGGGUGCUCAAUCUCUGCACUGACAUCUUCCUGGUCCGGGAGAUGGGGGAGCUGGAGCUGGAGGAACAGCUCUUCUCCAAGCUCAUCUUCCUGUACCGCUCUCCUGAGACCAUGAUCAAGUGGACCCGGGAGCCUGAGGAGUCACCCAAGCAGCCAGACGUUCCCACUGAAGACUGAAAGGUGAAGACAACUGGAGAAAACUAAUUUAAAAUGAAGCAAUCUCCAUGCCACUCAGCAGUGAGCAGUGUGGGCUUUCAUCUCAGAACUCUCCUGGUCUCCAGCCUCCCAAGAACAAAGCUGGGUAGGGUGACCAUCCCCAUUUCUUGUUUCAAAGCUGCUGGCUGUGGUGGCAGAAGCCAAAAGGUGACCUCUGAUCAGUGAGGGCUUUACAAUUCUGUGAUGGGGGGGGGAAUACCUUCCAUUGCCCUAAAUCUGUUUUAGAAAACAACAAAAACAAAUGCCUUUUUUUCUCUGUGCUUUUUCUAUAAAGCCAAACUCUUGCUUAUUGCUGCAUGCAUCAAGGAUAUUAAAUGAUGUAACAAAAGGAAGAGUCACUUUUUUCUUCCUUGAAAAGGAGCAAAAACAGGAUCUUUGGAAGAUCCAGGUGUGGUCUUGGCAUUUCCUUAUCUUAAUGGAGAUUUCUUAAAGUUGGCUCAGCCAAGUCUCAUUGAUGGCUUAAUGUCUUUCUCUGUCCAGUAACCGAAAACAGACUAUUUUACUGAACAUACAGGAACUUUUGGUACUGCACCCACUUGUGCAGUGGGCUGGCAGCAGGUCCUGCAGGAGAUCCAGGCUGUUGCUCAGUUAUCGUGAGCAUGGGAUGCCUGUCUGUUAGCUUUCCUGAAGUCUCACCUAUUUUCCAAAUUCAUGGCAGGUUGGUGUUCAGCUCACUCCAUGGCCAUAUUGAGUGGGGCUGGAGCAGGAGUAGAUGGCCUACUUUAGAAAAUGCCAAAACCACAGUUUGGUAGUCCAUUCUGAAAAGUUAAAUGCAAUUAGCUUGCUUCUUUUCCACCCCCAACUCACUCUUACGGUUCGGAGGCAUAAAAGCCAUUAAGACCGCAAAAUACGCACAUUUCACAUUUGAAAACAUUUCGCGUAAGUCACACCUAUCAGACCAUGGUCCUGGACCCAGGCAUGUGAGGCCCGUAUGAUAAGGAAAAAACAACAUCCCCAUCAAAAGGAAGGAGGGGUGGAUGAGCUGGUCUGAUCAUGACAUCAAAUAACAUACCAACUGACUAGAGAAUAAUAAUGACCAUUCUGGUGUUUAAGCACUUGCUAUGUGCCAAAGACUGUCCCCCUUAGGACUCACAGGUUAAAGUGGCAAGCACAGGGGUAGCAGUGAGGGUGAGCUGGGUUAUUCUACCCCAGGCCCCGUGGCCCGAUCCCUGAUCACCCCAAUCAGUUCUCUCUGCCCACCCCCAAAAGAAACUGAAGCCAUGGAAAUCGUGAGAGAUUUUUGCAGCUGGAUUUAAUAAAACCUUAAAAGAAUUCUAAAUAGUCA